UCCAAAACUACUUGUUGAAUCUUUCUGCAAUAACUUCUCUCUCAAAAUUCCAUUAAUCUCUAUCUACCUGUCACUCUUCCAUUGGUCACACUCUCUUCUUCCCCUUCUUCCUCUCUGUCUCUCUCUCUGUGUUUCACAUGCAGAGAGUAGAAUAGAAUAAAUAAAAUCCCAAUAUUCUUCUCAAUAUUUAAAGACUCUGGCUCCUUCAAGAUUGUAAGCACAGAGUACAUUUUAAUAAAUAAAAAAUCCAGUCUUCUCUAUCUCUAAAAACUCUGUCAUCUUCAAGAUUAUAUCUGUUUUCUUUGCUUUGUAAAGAAAAAGAAGAAGAAUGGAAUUAGUCCCGUAUACGGACCCCAAAUCAAAGCCAGAAUCCACAACUCUUCCAUGGCAGGAUAUGUUCAGAUCCGCUUCAUUUAACAAACCCACCACCAGCCACCCGCCAAAACCGCCACCCAGUUCAUCAAGCAAACCCAAUUCAUCAAACUCAAAUAAUCCAGAUCGCAAAACUACUUUAUCAGGUGAUCCUCAGGUGAGACUUGCUCUUUACAUAGCCAUGGCUCAUGCUGGUCUUGCUUUUACCAUCUUUAUUCUUUAUUUUGUGUGUAAACUUCUGCAAGAAUAUUUAAGGCCGAUUCAAUGGGCUGUCUUGUGCUCUAUUCCUUUGAGAGGGAUACAAGAAACUCUUGUUGCUUUUUGGAAGGAACCUUUAGCAUUAGGCCUUACUGAGACUGUUCUUGCAGUUCCUGUCGCUAUUUUUAAAGCUUUUGUAGGUACUCUUGUUGAUAUAAAGGAAGUUCUUUUAAGGGUUUUUCUUAAAAAGGCAAAAACAAGCGGUCCUAGAAGAAAUAGAAGAAGUGGGUUUUCGAAGUUAGUAAGAUGGUUAGUAUCAUUUGGGGUUUUUGUGAUUGCUUAUGAGAGAAUUGGUGGCAUGGGUUCACUGGUGAUUCUUGGUUUAGGGUUCAUGUGUAGUAGUAAAACUGCAGAUUCUACAUUUUCUGCUGUCUCUUCUUUUAGGACUAACAGCUUUAGGCGUAGUGCAAUUGGUGCUUUCUUUACUAGAGGAAUAUCCAGAAGAUUGAAAACUAUGGUUGCAAUUGGGUUGAUCGUUGCUAUGAUUGUUGGGUUUUUGGCUGGAUUGAUAUUUUUCUCUUACAAGAUUGGUGUUGAAGGGAAAGAUGCAGUCAUUUCCUUGAAAUCACAUGUGGAAGAGAGUAAUUAUGCAGAAAGGAUUGGCAUUAAGAAGUGGAUGGAAGAGAAUGAUGUUCCUGGAAUGGUAGAUAAGUACACUACCACCGUCUAUGAAACUGUAUCUGAUCAAAUAGAUAGUUUAGCAAUGCAAUAUAACAUGACUGAGCUUGUCACUGGCAUCAAGCAUUUUGUUAUUAGUACUCCAGCUAAUUCAUCUCAACAAUCAUCUGCUUUGAUGAGCCCAUCUCCUUACACAGAGAAGCUUUUGAGUUUAAGGACAAAAGUCAGCAACCGGCAAUGGGGAGAAAUAUAUUCAGAAUUAGAUGCAAUUUUUAGGGAACUGAUAAUCACCCGGGAGGAUCUAGUUGAGAAAGCAAAAGGGUUUGCUCUUCGAGGGAUGGAUGUGUCACAACGUGUAUUUGCAAGUAGUGCUUCUGUUUUAGGUGGUGGUGCUAAGCUCAUGUUCUCUGUGGGAAACUCCAUCAUAUCUGGUGCAGCAGAGGUUUUCAAUUUUGUCUCUCAAUCAAUGGUGUUCUUUUGGGUUCUCUAUUAUCUAAUCACAUCCGAGUCUGGUGGAGUAACUGAACAAGUGAUGCAAAUGCUCCCCAUUCCAAAAUCAGCUAGUACUAGAUGUGUUGAAGUUCUUGAUAAUGCUAUUUCCGGAGUUCUUUUGGCUACUGCUGAGAUUGCAUUCUUUCAAGGAUGUCUUACAUGGCUCUUAUUCCGACUGUACAAGAUACACUUCUUGUAUGUGUCAACUGUCCUUGCAUUCAUCAGUCCACUGUUUCCAAUCUUUCCAUCUUGGUUUGCAACCCUUCCAGCCACCUUGCAACUGGCAAUAGAAAGUAGAUACAUCAUGGCUAUUACCUUGUCCAUUAUUCAUGUUGUGCUCAUGGACUAUGGUGCAUCUGAAAUUAAAGAGGACAUACCUGGUUACAGUGAAUAUCUUACAGCGCUCAGCAUUCUUGGUGGAAUGACACUCUUUCCAUCUGCAGUGGAGGGAGCAAUAAUGGGGCCAUUAAUAACCACUGUUGUGAUUGCACUUAAGGAUCUAUAUGCUGAAUUUGUUUUGGAAGAAAAUAAGAAGAAUGAUUAGCAGAAAGAAGUUUGAACCCCUGCUACUGCAUAUUUCUAUUCUUUUAUUCGCAACCUGUGAAGUGAUGUAAAUCAGUUUGAGCCACUUCAAGCAAAAGCAACAUAUCUAUCUGCAUGGUUUGUUCAUUCAAUUUUAGUUUGUUUUCGGUAGAAUAGAUGGCUAUUUUGUAUGUAUUUUCUUUGUUAAAUUGUAUAUUUGAUUUCCCAUGUAUGCUACCGUUGUAAGAAUUUAUGGAAUCCGUCUUCCACAUGAUACGAGAAUUCAAGGAGUUGUUUGAGUUCCA